AUAGGUUGUUGUUUUUUUUUCUUCUCCAGAUUGUUAAAAAAAUAUAAUUUUUUUUCCUUGGUCUCCCUUUUCAUGGAUUAAUCAGUUGAGAAAGUCUAACGUUUUAAUUGAAUGUUGGCACUUGUUUCUGGGUCGGCGUGUCUUAGAAGGCAUGAUGUCAGAGUGCACUCGGUUUGGAUGGUGAAUAAUCAUGUAACUUUUUUUAGCCUUUUGAGAUUGUAAAAGAACUCCUGGUGUAGACUGGCUGUGUGAUGCAAGUUCGUGUGGUGGAUUAUUUAGUUCCGAAGCUCCUUACUCGCUUUUCCUUUUUAUUCUUCAUUCACUACUUUGGAGGUCCAUUCUCUCGCUCAGUGUUUUUAGUUAUUGUAUCAAUCAGCAUGUGUGGGAUGGGAACCUAAUUCAGUGUUUCUGUGACUGGGAAGUUUAUGUGUUGGGAUUGCUUUAAAGGACUAUAUUCGCAUCUUCUGGAUUUUUUGUCCAGUUCAGGAAUCAAGUACCCUACCCCUCACUCUCUCCUAGGUUGAUCGUGGACACAAGAGGCUACGUGAUGUUUUCUUGUCAAUCAUAUAAGAUGUGCUAUCUGGUUCCGGUGGUUCCACUACAAAGACCUGAUGAAAUGCAUACUCCAAGCCCUUCCUGGAUGCAGACUACGUCAGGGUACGAGGAUAUGUACAGUGAACUUGGAAUUCCAACGAUGAUUACUUGGAGUUAUGAUGGGAAAGAAGUGGCUGUGGAGGGAUCAUGGGAUAAUUGGAAAACAAGAAUGUCCUUACAGAGAUCAGGGAAGGAUUUCACAAUAAUGAAAGUGUUGCCAUCCGGUGUAUACCAAUUUAGAUUUAUUGUGGAUGGCCAGUGGAGGUAUGCACCUGACUUGCCUUGGGCUCAAGAUGAUGCGGGUAAUGCUUACAACAUUUUGGACUUGCAGGAUUAUGUUCCUGAGGACAUUGGAAGCAUUUCUAGUUUUGAACCUCCUAAAUCACCAGACUCUAGUUAUAACAACUUACAACUUAGUUCCGAAGAUUAUGCAAAGGAGCCACCAUUGGUUCCUCCGUAUUUGCAAAUGACGCUUCUUAAUAUUCCGUCAACAAAUAUGGAAAUCCAACCUCUUACAGCCAGACCUCAGCAUGUAGUGCUGAAUCAUCUUUAUAUGCAGAAAGGAAAGGGUAGCCCUUCAGUGGUCGCACUUGGCACAACUCAUCGGUUUCGAGCCAAAUAUGUGACUGUGGUGCUGUACAAGUCUUUGCAGAGAAAAUCUCCCACAGUGCACUAUUUGACGACUGGUCCUACCUCUUUCUUGAACUAGGCGUCGGAGUUUUCUGCUGUAGUCACUGUUUGAUCCAAUGCGUUAUGCAAGUUGAGUUCUAUCCCUAUUAAAACGAUGGGUUAAUUUACACAAUUAUAACAUCUACAAGUCUCUGAGUCACCAAAAAAACAAAAAUAGAUAACCUUGUAAGUCUCUGUCAUGGCGUUUCUGUUUUAACUUUGCUUUUGCCAACUCAAAAAAGGCAGUUAACCCCACCU